GAUGCACAGAGUAGUUUCUGGACACUAAUACAACUUUUUUCUUUCCUCUCUUCUUCCACUGGGAAAACGAAUUCCGGACACUCGGACGUUGCCGCUGGAUCCGUUUCAACGCUUCACCCGGACGCGGCUGGGAUUUGAACAAACAGCACAGCAGAAGAAUCUCGAGGGAUACGUCGGCUUCGCCAGCCUCCCCAACCAGGUCUACAGGAAGUCCGUGAAACGCGGCUUCGAGUUCACACUAAUGGUUGUAGGUGAAUCAGGCUUGGGCAAGUCCACGAUGAUCAACUCUCUGUUCCUCACCGACCUGUACUCCUCAGAACACCAGGGUCCGUCACACCGAGUCAAGAAAACCGUGCAGGUGGAGCAGUCUAAAGUGUUGAUGAAGGAGGGCGGCGUUCAGCUGCUGCUCACGAUGGUGGACACUCCGGGGUUUGGAGAUGCUGUAGAUAACAGUAACUGCUGGCAGCCGGUCAUCGAUCACAUCGACAGCAAGUUUGAGGAUUACCUGAACGCCGAGUCGCGUGUUAACAGGAGACAGAUGCCCGACAACAGAGUUCACUGCUGCCUGUACUUCAUCGCUCCCUCAGGACACGGACUGAAGCCGCUGGACAUCGAGUUCAUGAAACGGUUGCACGAGAAGGUGAACGUCAUCCCUCUGAUCGCCAAGGCGGACACCCUCACUCCUGAAGAGUGCCAGCAGUUUAAAAAACAGAUCAUGAGAGAAAUCCAGGAGCACAAAAUCAAAAUCUAUGAGUUUCCAGAAACCGACGACGAAGAGGAGAACAAACUGGUGAAAAAGAUCAAAGAUCGACUUCCUCUGGCGGUUGUCGGCAGCAACACCAUCAUCGAGGUGAACGGGAAGAAGGUUAGAGGGAGGCAGUACCCAUGGGGCGUGGCAGAAGUUGAAAAUGGAGAUCACUGUGAUUUCACCAUUCUGAGGAACAUGCUCAUCAGGACUCACAUGCAGGACCUGAAGGACGUCACCAACAACGUCCACUACGAGAACUACAGGAGCAGGAAGCUGGCCGCUGUCACCUGCAACGGGAUGGACAACAACAAGACCAAAGGACAGCUCACCAAAGAUGACAUGGUCGAAGGCAUGAGCCCUCUGGCGCAGAUGGAGGAGGAAAGGCGAGAGCAUGUGGCUAAGAUGAAGAAGAUGGAGAUGGAGAUGGAGCAGGUGUUUGAGAUGAAAGUCAAGGAGAAGGUCCAGAAGCUGAAAGACUCAGAGGCAGAGCUGCAGCGGCGUCAUGAGCAGAUGAAGAAGAACCUGGAGGCUCAGCACAAGGAGCUAGAGGAAAGGAGACGUCAGUUCGAGGAGGAGAGAAAUAACUGGGAGACCCAGCAGCGCUUCCUCGAGCAGCAGAAACUCGACGCCUCCAGGACUCUGGAAAAGAAAGCGAAAAAAGGGAAGAUAUUUUAAAAAAGCCGUUUGCAAGACGACCUUGUUGUCCAUCGCCGCUUCCCCUGAGCUCCCGAUAUCCGCCAUAAACGCCACAUUCGGCUCACAGCUGGACGCAUACACACAGCCGGGUGUGGACCAAAGCCAAACCCUUCAAAAUGUUUCCACACACGCCAAAAUCUGUACUCUUAUAGUUUUUUUUUUUUUUACCACCUGACCUCCGGUUUUCUGUGAUCAUUGUUGCUCCCAUGGUGUCAAAAAAACAAAAUGAUGUUAACAAGGGCAAAUGUUAACGAGUUCCACGGAGCGAAACCCAAACUCGGCCACUCCACACGGAGCGGUGCAUUCAUCGUCUCGAUCCUCAGACCACUUCAUUAUAGCUUCAUUAAUAUUAAUAUUUCAGCUAGUUUAUUUUUAUAUAUAUAUAUAUAUAUAUAUAUGUAUGUACGUAUGUGUAUCCGGAGCCAGUUAAAAAUCCUAAACGUGUUGUUUUUGUUUUUUUUUUCUUCUUCCUAUGUUCGAUCACUCAGACGGUUUCGUAAAAGAUCUCGCCGAUCACCGUGACGACGUGUUCGUGUGUUAAAGCUGCGUAAAGCUACGCCUCUUCUAACAUCACUAAGGAGGAAAAAAAAAAAGUUAACGCAUAUUUUUCCCUCUUUGGUUAUAAAUGUAUUCCUUUUUUUCUUUAAAUUUUAUUUUGCAUUUGUUUAUUGUACAGUCACUUAAUAAACGUGUGAUAUGGAGUGAGAUAAUGUUACAUACUGACGUUUCUGCAAAGCAGUAUUCCAUUGUUUGUUUUCUUUCUUUUUUUUUAUAUAGUACUGUCUUAAUCGAUUUACGGUGGAACUCAAAAUAUUCUUCAGUAAAAUCCCGUCUGGAAAACAUAA